AUGGCGGCUGCGUUUCGCCCUGUCAACACCCCACUAGCAGCGGAAAUUUCCAGGCAGGACAUCAUGUCACCGAAAAACUCGUCCCCUCGCCCCAGCACAGCGCCGCAGUCUCAGCUACAGCCCGGACACUCACACUCGCCCGACGAUGGCAAGACGCCAACCCGAGCGUCCUUUAACAGCAUCAACAUGGCCAGCCAGAGACCCUUGCCGCCGAGUCCGUUUCCCCAGGUGACGCCCGUAGCUGAGUCUCCCGAGGAUGCACUCCACCACGAUGGCUCGCAGCACUCCAAGUCGCCCAACCGAAACUCGCUGGACGUAGACAUGGACGACUCGGAUGGAGACAUGGCCGACGAUGGUGCCGGCUCCGAUGGCGAGAGCGUGAAUGCGGAUGGAACAAGAUCGAACAAGAAGAAGAAGUCCCAGCGCUUCUACUGCACUGACUACCCACCAUGCAACCUGAGCUUCACAAGGAGCGAGCACUUGGCUAGGCAUAUCCGAAAACACACCGGAGAGCGGCCUUUCCAGUGCCACUGUUCCAGGCGAUUCUCGAGGCUGGAUAACCUAAGGCAGCAUGCCCAAACUGUCCAUGUCAAUGAAGAUAUCCCCAUCGACUCUCUUGCGGCUACUGGUUCGAGAUUUCAGCGGCAGAUUAGGACCGAUAGGGUUCGUCAAGCUGGUAACAGGGCGAGGGCCUCCACUGGUGGCAGCGCCGGCGGCCCCGUUCGAGGACAUUCAAAGUCUCUCUCAACCUCUAGCAUUUCCAGCAUCGCGUCUGUGGCAUCGGCCUACAGUCCCCAGAAUGAUCCUCGUCGACGGCCUCCUCCUCUCGUCAUGGCAGCUGAUCCCCGCUCCAGACUAUCUCUGGAAUCCUACCGUAGCAGCACCGACAGUACCUUUUCCUACCGACCUCAGUCUCCCGGAGAUUUCAGCACGCCAACAUCUGCCACGUUUUCAACGGCUCAAAGCAGUCCUCGAUGGGGAUCUAGCGUGGCGUCUCCGGCGUCUCACUCGCACUCGCGAUCUCAGAGCAUGUACGUCGUGGGUUCUCGGACUCCCGGUCGUCGGUUGAGCGUUCCCUCAGGAGCCAACCCCUUCCACUCUCACGCUGCUGCCUUUCAACCUCCGAAUGCGAAUCUGGUUUCUUCGCCAAUCGUUUCGCCUUCUGUGUUUUCUGGUAGAAGAGAGUCUAUUGCAAGCAGCACAGGCGAGGAAGCAUGGCGGCGGCGAACCUGGCACCCUGAUAGCCGUAGCUUUGGCAGCACUGCACAGCUAAACGCUGCUCUCAGCCAAUCCGUGCGGCCAAAUCCCCCGCCACCUAUCGCGAAUCCCACAGGCCCGCAGUCCAACCUUCGCCUUCCAGGUAUCGAGUCUUUUGAUCCUCUUCCUCGUUCAGCCUCACCCCCAAGGCGUAACGCAUCUCCCAUGAGCGUUGACCCCGAGCCCGCUCUGCGACCACCAGUGAUGGAGGCCAUACAAGCUGAUGAGAGGCGGAAUCUCAACAUGUAUGACGUCAGCUUGCAGCGCGGUUUAGGUCGUCUUGACAUAGGACACAAGACUCCCCCUCGCGACAGCGCCGGGAUGUGGGCGUCUGAAGUCCAUAAGGCGGUCCAAAGCAAGGUCGAUCAGGCACGCCUGAACCCGCCAACGGUCCGAUUUGAAGAGCAGCCCAGGCCAAGCCACCAGGUCCAGCCUUCAGCCCCUCCAAGUCGAUCCUUUCACCAGCAUACCAUGUCUGCUCCUACCCUCGCUAGAGAACCAAGGGGCCAUGGGUGGCAUCAAUCUCCUCAAGACAUGCGGGACCCCCGUGUAGAUCGAAUGGUGCAUCCCAACUUCAAUGGUUUCGCCGGCUUUCCAGCACGAGAGCCUCAAGAGCACCCACAACAGCAGCAUUACCAUCAGCAACAACCGCUUCAGCAGCAACAAAUGCAACAACAACAGCAGCAGCAACGCCAACAACAGGAGCGUUCGAACAACCCUGAUUCAUUGAGGCGACUUGAAGCUUUGGUGGCCGUCGCUACCAGUGAAGGCUCCAAUACUGCCGCCGCCUAUUAA